UAGUCUCCUCCGCUUCUAGAAAGAACUGAAAAGCCUCUGCGGACGAUGCACGCAACAGUACCGCGGUACAGUGUACCAUCGGUCCCCAUAUAAACAUCUCGACUCCAUCUCUCCCUCAAAAACAAAAACCCCCCUCCCUCUUUCGAUCGAGCAAAAGCCCCUAGGGCUUCAAAAUCUCAUCACUCCCAGAGCCAAAACCCUAGAUCCCAUCACCAUGGACCCCGAUGCCCUCGCCAAGGCUUUCGUCGAGCACUACUACCGCACCUUCGACUCGAACCGAGCGGGCCUCGGCAACCUCUACCAGGAAUCAUCGAUGCUGACCUUUGAGGGCGCGAAGACCCAGGGAGCGCAGGCGAUCGUCGCCAAGCUGGUGGGCUUGCCGUUCCAGCAGUGCCUUCGUCCCCAAAACCAAAACCCCGCCGGCGGCAAGCUUGUCUUCGUCAGCGGUUCGCUUCAGCUCUCCGGCGAGCAGCAUGCCCUCAAGUUCAGCCAGAUGUUCCAUUUGAUGCCGACGCCCCAGGGAAGCUUUUAUGUCCUUAAUGACAUAUUCCGGUUGAACUAUGCCUGAGAGUCUCUUUCCUAGAUCUUGUGGGGGUUGGAAUUAAGUCUCUUUCCUAGAUCUUGUGGGGUUGAAUUGUUGGAGGAUUUGAUGUUUUAUCUGGUUGUUUAAUGUUUUUUCUUUGGUGGGAUGAUUUGAUGGAAUGAAGAAAGGAUUUACUUAAAAACCAUGUUACAGAUUUACUGCAGGAAUGAACCUGUAAUCAUUUGCCCCUCUCCUUCUGGGACAUGGCUUUUUCUCUGUUGUGACUUGUUAAAAGAUAAAUUUGUUCUUGUGCGGAUU